AUGGAGAGCCGAACCCGCUACUACAGGGUGGGCGGUGGCCAGAGAGGAUGGGCUGACGACAGGUCUAGGGAGGACCCAGAUUGUGUCCCUAACAGUGUGUCCCUGUCUGGAGAGCUCUCUUCCAUCCACUGUGAUCCCCCUCCCAUAGUCCAUGGCAGUCAAAACAACUUUAUGCUGGGAGAGCAGUUACCCCUACACUCGGUGCUGAGGUACAAAUGCAAGAAGGACUUCCGUCUCAUUGGAGAGGCAGUCAUGAAGUGCAUCAGCAUGGAUGGGGCCGGAGUCUGGGACAAGGACCCCCCGAUUUGUGAGACCUACAGUAGAACAGCUCGGUGCCAUGAGCCAGUGGUGCCCGGGGGGUACCAGUACAAGCAAGCUCGGCCACCAUAUGUGCACGGCAUCAGUGUGACAUUCAACUGUAAUGUCAACUUCACCAUGAAAGGCCAUAGGACUGUCUGGUGCCAGGCCAACAGCAUGUGGGGACCGUCAGAACUGCCCGUGUGUGAGAGCGAUCUUCCCCUGGAAUGUCCCGCACUCCCAGCCCUGCACCAUGGACAGCACACAGGGGAGGCUGCAGGCAACUUUGCCCCCGGACUGGCCGUGAAUUUCAGCUGCCAGGCUGGCUACUUGCUUGUGGGCGCCAGAACCAUCCGAUGCCUUUCCUCUGGAGAGUGGAGUGCAGUCAUGCCCCACUGUGAAGAGGCACAGUGUCAACAACCAGGGCUCUUUCCCCAUGGGCGAUUGAAUUUACCAACCAACCUCAAGCCUGGUGCCACCUUGAGAUUCUCCUGUGAUGAAGGAUACCGGCUUCGUGGGGAGCCUACUAGCCUCUGUGUUGUCACUGAGCAGCAGGCGAUCUGGACCAAGAUGCCUGUGUGUGAAGAAAUUUUCUGCCCACCCCUGCUGCCCACUCUCCAUGGCCGGCAUUCAGGCACCCCAGGAAAGAGCUCCAAGUUUGGCAGUGUCGUGACCUACACCUGCGACCCGGGCCCAGAGCCAGGGGUGACUUUUGUACUGGUGGGCGAGCCCACCCUCCGCUGCAUUGCUGACCGUCAGAACCAGGGCAUCUGGAACAGGCCGGUACCCCGCUGUGAGCUGUCUGUGCCUGCCGUGAUGUGUCAACCCCCCCAGCUCCCCAGAGGCUACGUAUCUGCAGGGCAGAAGGAGCGAUAUGUCUACAACGACACGGUGCAGUUUGCUUGCGAGCCCAGCUUCAUGCUGAGAGGCAGCCCGAAGGCCCGUUGCAUGGUCCAGGGCUCAUGGUACCCCGCAGUCCCUGUCUGUGAGAAGGAAUGCCCUGCGCCCCCACAGAUUCCCAAUGGGCAGAAGAGAGACAGCAGCAGUGUCCGGUUCGAGCCAGAAUCCUCCGUGAACUACAGCUGCAACCCUGGCUUCAAGCUGGUGGGACCAGAAACCAUCCGCUGCUCUCGGGACGGGCUAUGGAUGCCUGAGGUGCCGCGAUGCCAAGAGGCCGAGUGUAGGCCCACGGGACAGCGGCUAUUUCAGAGGCCCCAGGGCCACUUCAUCAGGAAGCGUGUGGGCUCAUCCUGUGGAGAGGGGUUCCGGCUGGGCAACAGCAUUUACCAGCCAUGCCAGGGAACUGAGCCAUGGUUUGUGGAGGAGCGUCUUUGUCAAGAGAUCACCUGCCCCCCACCACCUCGAAUCCACAAUGGAACACACAGUGGAAGCCCGUGGGAAGAGGUGCCCUAUGGGACCACAGUUACCUACAGCUGCCACCCAGGGCCAGAGCAGGGCGUGGAAUUUGCCCUGAUAGGGGAGCCAACUCUCCGCUGCACCAGCAAUAGCCAGGCCAGAGGCAUAUGGAGCAGGCCAGCCCCCAUCUGCAAGCUUUUGCUCCCUGAAGUGCACUGCCCCCCAGUCUACAUAGCCAAUGGGCACAUGACACCCAGUCAGAAUGCAUCAUAUCCAUAUAACACCAGCAUGCAUCUUGCCUGUGCCCCCGGAUUCUCUCUAAAGGGCAGCGCACAUAUUCGCUGUGGACCUGCUGGAGCCUGGGACCCCGAGAUACCCAUCUGUGAACAAGAGGAACCAUGCCAGCCCUUGGGAGAAGUUGGAGAGAAGCCUCCAGCCGGGGCCACUGUGGUUCCAGUCAAUACGUCCUGCCAGGAUGGGUUCCAUCUGAAGGAGUUUGCUUAUCGCAAGUGUGAAGACCCCAUGCAGGGGGUCUGGUUCCAGAGAGUCCCGCUUUGCCAAGAGCUGCACUGCCCACCCCCACCUCCCAUCGACAAUGGGAGACACUCUGGGGGUGCUGCACAUACCUUCCCCUUUGGAAGCCAAGUCUCCUACGUGUGCUUGCCGGGCUUCCAGCUGCAGGGAGAGGGAAACCUGCGGUGCGGCAGCCCUGUGGAGGGUCAGGCGGCAACACAGGCCACCUGGAGUGGCCUUGUUCCCAAGUGCAGACGGGUGGUUGAGGUGCCACAAUGCCCAGAGCCUGAGCUAAGAUAUGGACGCCUGACGUCGGGACCACACACAGCAUAUCCCGUCAAGAGCAUCGUGCGAGUGGAGUGCGACCCUGGCUUUGUCUUGAAUGGCAGUGAUGUCAUUGUCUGCCAGCAGGAUAGCAUGUGGGCGCCUGGCCUGCCAACCUGCUUGAAGACAGCUUUCCAAGGCUGUCCUCAGCCCCUUCUAAUCCCCAAUGGAAACCACACUGGUGGGGACAGAGCCUGGUUCAUCCCUGGGACAUCCAUCCUAUACAGCUGCAACCAAGGCUACUUGCUGAAUGGAGCCACAUUGCUGAUGUGCACAGAGGCUGGGACAUGGAAUCAGCCUUUCCCGUCCUGCAUAGAGGUGAAUUGCAGCUCCCCAACACAAGUGGAUGGUGUACAGAAGGGGCCAGAGCCCGGAAGGACAUACCAGUAUGGGGCCAUCGUGACAGUGGAGUGUGCAGAUGGGUACACGCUGGAAGGCAGCUCCCAGAGCCAGUGUGAGGAACAGGAUGGCUGGAACCCGCCACUGGCCAUGUGCAAAUCCCCAGGGCCGCUUGUUCCUCUGAUCUUGGGUCUGUCUGGGGGCAUCAUCCUUCUCUUUUGCCUGGUGGUUGUCGCUUUCUGCAUGAUCCUGAAGCACAGAGAACGCAAUUAUUAUACGAACAGCAGCCCUAAAGAAGACCUCCACUUAGAAACACGGGAAGUCUACUCCAUUGACCCCUACAACCCAGCAAGCUGA